GUGCGCUCGAUGACGAACUGGGCGAGCACAGAAAGAAACAGAAGCGGAAGAAGCACCGCGACCGCGAGGAGUCCAAUGCCGCGGGCGGCUUCACGGGGGUGUCCAAGGACUCCAGCAAGGCGGUCGACGCCGACGGCGACAUGGGCGGCGUCAGGAGGCAGGGGAAGCUCGUGGAGGAGGCGAGGGCCGCGCUCCUCACGGAGUCCGGCGGAGGCUCCUCGGCACUUCCAG